ACAAUGGCUUCUUCGUCUUCUUCAACGUCAGGUUCAGGGGUGGCGGAGCGAAGAGGAAUACCAGGGGCUCAGUUUGUAGAAGAUGUCCACACUUACCUCACGCAAUCAGGCCUCGAUGUUGGUUCCGCCCUCGCUUUUCUCCAAGAAAGACUUCAGCAGUACAAGGUGGUUGAAAUGAAGCUUCUUGCUCAGCAGAGGGAUCUUCAGGCAAAGAUACCAGAUAUUGAGAAGUGCUUAGAUGUUGUUGGUACAUUGAAAGCUAAGAAGGGUACUGGUGAGGAACUUAUUGCUGAUUUUGAAGUAUCAGAAGGCAUAUAUUCACGGGCAUGCAUAGAAGAAACUGAUUCUGUAUGUUUAUGGCUGGGAGCAAAUGUCAUGUUGGAAUAUUCAUUAGAAGAGGCCACCAGUCUUCUACAGAAGAACCUUGAUAAUGCUAGAGCCAGUUUAGAAGUUCUUGUUGCUGAUCUACAGUUCUUGAGGGACCAGGUGACAAUUACUCAGGUUACAAUUGCUCGUGUGUAUAAUUGGGAUGUUCAUCAACGGAGAAUUCAACAAGCAGCUGCUACAACUGCUCAAGACUAGUAAAAAGGAGAAUUUAUUCACACCUAGAUCUAAAAUUGGACACUUGUACCUUCUGUUUAGAGUAUGAUUCUGAUCUGUUGCCUGUUUCUAAUUUAGAUAAAUUAUGGGUUGCUUCCUGUCUCUAGUUCCGGUUUCACCACAGUACAUACUAGAGAGGAACCUUUUUUUUUAUAUAUUUAUGCUGGUAAAUGUCUUGGUCUCCUGUAAAAUGCCCACAUAUUAGGUUGAUGGGAAGUUUUGUUUGGUGUGGUCAGAUGGAUAUAUUUUACUCUGCAAUUCGGUUUUACUUGUUUAAUUUUAUAUUGAUGAUGC